AAUGAAAUGAUCCCAUCCCUUCCUAUUUUUCUUUUACUCUUGUUAAUCGUAAGAAGAGGAGGAGAGAGAGGAGUGCAAGGAAGUUCGACAUUUUGACAUUGACAGAUACUGAACGUGUACGUUACGUCUAGAACAGUCUAGCUAGAGCAGGAAGGUCAACGGUUUAGUAGUACUUUGAACAAACAGUAUCGGUUAUAAUCCUUUGUAACUUUAAUUGGUGGUGUUCAUCUAGUGAUAAACAAAAUGUCGUACGGUAAACAGUCUAAUUUGGGAAAUUCUUUCCGUGGCAGCAGAGAAAACGGUUACUCUAACUCGACUGGCCCCACCACUCGUAGUGGCUUCGGAGGCCAGAGAGGUGGUGGCAAUGACGGUGGAUUCAAUAAAGGGGGCAGCGGGGGAGGUUUCAGAAGUGGCGGCGACAGUGGUGGAUUUAAAAGUAGCAGGGGCGCUCCAGGAGGUGGAGGCUUUAAAAGUGGCGGUAGUUUCAGGAGUGGCGGUGCCGGAGGCGGCGGAUUUAGAAGCGGUGGCACUGGAGGUGGUGGAUUUAGAAGCGGUGGUGGUGGAGGCGGUGGCAGAUUUGGAGGCCGAGGAGGUCAACAAAGUGGCCGCCUGUACAAACCGCAGUGGGAUAACAAAACCUUACGUCCAUUCAAGAAGGACUUCUAUGUGCCUCAUCCCGCUGUCGCUAACCGUUCCCCUUAUGAAGUGGAGCAGUAUCGGAGAUCGAAAGAAAUUACAAUGGAUGGCCACGCACCUAACCCGAUACAGAAUUUUAGCGAAGCCUGCUUCCCCGACUACGUCAUGCAAGAGAUUAGAAGCCAAGGGUAUGACUCGCCCACCGCCAUCCAAGCGCAGGGCUGGCCCAUUGCUAUGAGCGGACAAGAUUUGGUCGGGAUCGCCCAGACCGGCUCGGGAAAAACUCUGGCCUACAUCCUCCCCGCCAUCGUCCACAUCAACAACCAGCCGCCGAUAAGUCGCGGCGAAGGCCCCAUCGCCUUAGUUCUGGCCCCUACACGUGAACUGGCACAACAAAUCCAGGAGGUUGCCAACAAUUUCGGAAGUUCCUCUUACGUACGCAACACCUGCGUAUUUGGCGGCGCACCUAAAGGUCCCCAGGCUCGCGAUCUGGAACGGGGCGUGGAGAUUGUCAUCGCCACUCCCGGGAGGCUUAUUGAUUUCCUGGAGAGGGGCACCACGAAUCUGGAACGUUGCACGUAUUUGGUUCUGGACGAGGCCGAUCGAAUGUUGGACAUGGGCUUCGAGCCGCAGAUCCGUAAGAUUAUCGAACAGAUCAGGCCCGACAGGCAGACGCUUAUGUGGUCGGCCACUUGGCCUAAGGAGGUCAGGAAGCUGGCAUCCGAUUUUCUAAAGGACUUUGUUCAAAUCAACAUUGGAUCUCUACAACUGUCGGCCAAUCAUAAUAUUUUGCAGAUCGUCGAUGUUUGCCAGGAACACGAGAAGGAAUUCAAAUUAAAUCAAUUGUUGAACGAGAUAGGAAACAAUGGAGAGCCCGGCGCCAAAAUAAUCAUCUUCGUCGAGACCAAAAAGAAAGUGGAAGCGAUAACAAGGGUUAUCCGCAGAUACGGAUGGUCGGCGGUUUGUAUGCACGGGGAUAAGAGUCAGCAGGAACGCGACUACGUCCUCGGAGAAUUCAGGAAUGGAAAAACUACGAUUUUAGUGGCUACGGACGUAGCCGCCAGGGGAUUAGAUGUGGACGGGAUCAAAUACGUGAUAAAUUACGACUACCCGAACUCCUCCGAAGACUACAUCCAUAGGAUAGGUCGUACCGCCCGAUCCGAGAGCACCGGCACCUCGUACGCUUUCUUCACCCCAUCCAAUUACAGGCAAGCCAGGGACCUGAUAGCCGUGCUCAAGGAAGCCAAUCAGGUGGUGAAUCCGAAGCUUGCGGACAUGGCCAGCAGGUCCGGUGGUGGCUACGGUAAUAAGGGAAAUUACAGCCGUUGGGGAAAUAGCGGUCGCGGAGGCGGCGGCGGUAGCAGAGGGGGUGGUGGUAGCAGGGGCGGCGGAUUCCGUGGAAGAGAGAAUAGCGGCCCGAGGCAGAAUUCUCGUUUCAGUGGAGGAACUGGCGCCACCGCUGGCGGGGGUAACAGACAAUCAAACGGAUACGGAAACAGGGGAUCUUAUUAAUUUGACAGUGACUUCAAACCCGAACGCGCGUGUUCAGUAUUUAUUCUUCAGGUGCAUUCCGCAUGCGUCCCAGAUGAAAUUACUCGCUAAAGAAAUAUUUCGAUUGCAAAAACACCCGUACAAAAUUGGAUCCGAUCCUUGUCUUCUCUACGGCACAAAGCCAUCCUCCUGAAUUAUCUAUAGUUUAUUUAUUAAGAAAAUAUAUAUGUUUAUAGCGUUUACUGUGAUUAGAUAGUAAUUUUUUUUUUUUUUUUUGUUAUAAUUGACGAUAAUACUAUUUUGACAUUCUCUUAAAAUUAAAAUGUAAGGUAAGUAAUGACGUAUAAUAAAAAUGUUUUGUAUA